UGGUUACCCGUCAAUUAUGUAUUGAUAAGGCACAUGGCAACAAUUUAUCAUGACAAUGUGGAUACGUUUAAUCAGUUAAGUGCAUAUUUUGCUACAGAAUUUUAAAAUAAACUUAAAUGUUAUGAAGAAAAAGUAAUAUGCGGCAUUUCAUGCUGUUGAUAAUUGGGACAAUGGUAUUCACCAUUAACAGGAUAUUGGCCAGCAACCAUUAUGUUAUAAAAGAAGAUGGCUUUAUCAAACGUCGUUUAGAUUCGCCAUUUCACCUUCGGCAACCGGAAAACCUUCUCAAAUUUUUAAAUCAAAUGCACUGUAACGACCAGGCAGAGGAAGGCUUUAAAAAAAUGCAAAGGCGACGUAAUCGGUUAGAUGAUCAUAUAUUAAUAACAGCUCAAUUAAUGCAGCAAAUUAUAGAGAAAUCGAAAUGCGCCCGAAUAUAUGUCAAACUAAAAGGCGCAGGUGAUUACUUGCGCACAACUGGGGCAUCAUUGAAACGUCUCCGUUUUCCCGAGAAAAUGGAAAAGGACGAAAAAAAUGGCGAGCCGGUGUGUAAAAAUUAUAUAGAUGUGACAACCGCAGACUAUGUGUAUAACAAAUUAAGAAGUUUCACCUCUGAAGUUGUGCAAUCCAUGAAAAUUGAACGUGAGGAACAUUUAUUACAGGAAGAAUUUGGUUUGAAAGAUGCAGAAAGUGUUACUGAAACAAUGCGUAACAUAGCCGUAAAGGGACUAUUAAAUAAUCCGCAAUCAUGGAAAUUUCACAUGUUGGGUUCUUAUUAUUGGCGUUUGGUAGGCAAUGUUAAAAACGCGUUGGAGUGUGCUCAUUUAUCAGUUUUAUUAGCACCAGAGGAAAGCAGGGAUAUACCGCUCUUAAGUUUGGGUACAAUAUUGGUAAGAGCUAAGAUGUGGGACGAUGCUGAAAUUAUAUUGAAUGCUGCUGUUAAUAAUGGCUCAGAGCAUUCUGAAAAUUAUGUAGCGUUAGCUACACUAUUUGCUUUAAAGCAUAAUUUUAAGCGAGCCAGAGAAUACUUCAAAAUUGUAGAAAAACUGAAUACAGUUAUGUAUAGCAGUACAUAUACUAUGCGUCAAUAUAUUGAUUGUUUGGAACCACUAGAUAAUGAAGCUAGCAAGCUAUUUGGUUAUGUUAAAUAUAUGAUGCGCGAAAUAAAAGACGUCAAUAAAUUGCGUCAGGAUGUUAGUGUAUAUCAAAAUAAAAUUAUACAACAACAGGUUCCGUUAGCUUCACGGUAUAACAACAACGAUGCUCAACUAAAAACCAACCUUUUAAGCCGUUACCAAUACUGUAGUACGCGGCAAGCAAGUGACACUCAAGCAUCAACAGUAUUUUGUGAUUUUUAUUCGGACUUGCAAAUGCAAUUGGAAAGCAAACAAUUCGAUGCAGAAUUACUAGAAUGGCAAGUGAAUCAUUAUAAAAAUCGUCUAUUUGAACGUAUGCCCAAGGAAUACAAAAAUCAAUUAGAAUUUCUAUAUAAUACCGCUAAACCAAUUCUACCUAUUCGAAAGAAUACAUAGCCUGUAUAAUUAAUGCUUUAAACUAAACAUUCCAAUUAUGAAAGGGUAGUAAGUAAGCGAACUUUAAGAAUAAUGCUACCCCGUGAGUAACGAAAUUAUGCGUAACUUUCUCGAAUUUAUUUACAAAAAACUAACCAAUUUAAUUAUUUUAAAAGCAAAACGCCGGUACAGCAGCUUUCGUUAGGAAAAUUUUCUUUUAGAAGACUUUUUUCUCCGUACUUCUAGAUAUUUGAGUAUGAAAUACAAAACCAGUAUAGAGUUUUUUUUUUGAUUUAAAAAAAUGGCGUCGAUUUUUGUUAAAAAUUUUUUAUGUAUGAAAAAAAUCCGCUGCAACACAGUCAUAGAAUUACUUACAAUCAACAAAUACUUCGUAUGAAUGCUUGAAAUCAACAAGUUUACAAUAAAAGUACGACAAAAUCAAAGUGCAUAGUUUUAAGAAGAGCGGAAUCAAAGUUUUAAACGGCGAGAUGUUGUAACUAAAUUCAAAUUUUGAGUCACACAAAAAAUUCGCCGAACAUAAAAUCAAAAAGCCGUUUGGAUAUCAUUUACGAUAUGAUACAAAAAUAUAUGUAAGGUAGCAUUAUUCGUAAAGGCGCCUGAAGAAAAACUUUAGAUGAUCACCACCCUUAGGUAGUUACGUAAAAAGCGCAUUUAUCCUUUUGCUAUUUGAGAAUUAAGUGAAGAUUUUAUUUUGCAUAAAACUUGAUAUUUGUUUAAGCUAUAUUUCAAAUUCUUCUCUGUUGCAAAUCUUGCAAAUGAAAGGUUUCUUUUUUUUUGUAAUGUCAGUGCCAAGACGAGAAAGAAAAGUGAUUUCAUAUAAAAAACUGUCAAGUAAAAUGCAAUGAAUAUAUUUUGUUUACACUAUCUAUAAAUCAGUUAUAAGUAUUUUAGUAUACCUGUUUCAUAUCAAGUGACUUGCUAUUGGGGAGGCUGUCAGUAAGAACACAUGACAGGGCAAUUUACAUCACAAAAUUACUACAAGAUUUUCUACUAAUUUCUGAUGAUAAUUGCUUUUACUAUUUUCUUAACUUUUUCGACAUUUUCCGCGAUUUUAACAGUGCAAGCAAAACUGUCUAUUAUUUUAUUGAUUCAUUGCAUUGCACAAUAGAUAGAUUAAAUUCUGACAAUUCCUUGCGAUAGUUACAAAUGUAAAAAAUAAAUAAGAUAGUCUAAUAACGAAAAGAUUAUUCUAUCUAUAGAGACUAAUCACUCAAGGACAAUUACAUUAACACCUAGAACAGAAAUCUUACAUUCAACGAAAUUAAGUUGCAAGGCAGACUCAGUAAUUUUAAAUAAAGGACUACCAAAAAGUCUAUUCUUAGCAAAGCACAUAUGUUCCAAACAGAGGCACUAGUCAUAUUAAAAUAUCAAGUAUGAGGUUAAACUAUAGAAGAGCUGGAGGCACAAACAACAUCUUUUGAAAACUACGAAAUAUUCUAAAAUAUCAACAAUGAAGAUUACACUGACAAAUGACUUGAUGAACCUCUUCAUUCAAUAAGCAUCACCCAACAAGACGAGUACGCUAAUAAAUCAAUGUAUCCAUCGAAUUUCGAGCCAUUUUUCACUAAGAAGUAAAAAAGUUGAAAGUUUAUUUUCGAUAUAUAUGUAAAUUUGAUUAGUAUUUUCUGUAGGACUAGGACACGCUGUGAACUUGGGAAGUCGAAACCUGCUACUACUUAUUAAGAAUUAUAAGAUUCAAUCCACAAUGGCAGAUUGCGGGGUUUUCCUUCCUAAGCGUAUUUACUAUGUACUCCGGAAGAAUAAUUGCAAAAGUUUUAAAUUUUUAUUUCCGAUACCUUUUGCAUAUGUAUAGUGUACGGCACUUUAUUUAUGAUGCAUUUUUCUAAAUUUUCGUGGUAUAAUUUGUUUAUAUAAGUGCAUCUGGCUGAGUGGCGAAGUAGGCAAACGAUCUUGACUAACCACCCAAUCAAUGCGAAUUCAAAUCUCAAAUGCAGUACAGUUUUCAACAAAGCCGAUAGUCUUCGAUGCUAGUGCUAUUAGACUUUAGUUUUCGGAUUUCUUUGGCUAAUUAAUAAUAAUAGUAAUAAUAUUUAUAUAAGUACGUUGGCAGUACAUUUUAUAACAUAAUGACUCGGUAACACUGAAUAACUCGAUCAAUUAUUCAGUGCCGAAGAAAAGAAAUUCGACAUAAUUACAUGAUUAUUCAUUACAUUAAGGAUUGUAAAAUUUCCUGAUUGCUAUUCUGAAUCUACAGACAAUAACAACAGCCUUCAUAUCAGACGGUAAUGUGUUCUAUAACUUUACAAAGUUUAUAAAAAAAAUCGCCUUGAUGAUCUCAAAUACUUAUGGUUUGGAAGAAUUAAAUCGAUAUAUCGUGGGGAAACAGGCGGAACUCGUCUGCCAAUUGAAGAUAUGAUCGCCUUUUUGUAGCAGUCAGGAAAAGUACAGCAUGUGAUGCUAUGCUUCAAUGCAUGAGUCAAUGAGGGGACAACGGCAGGCAGAAUCAUUUUUAAAAACGUAAUGCUGAUGUCAUAACCAACAGUUUUACAUUUAAUACUAUACACCGCUUUCCAAACUUCGUUUAUAGUAAAGGCCGUAGACUGAAAAGCAUCACCUUGUCCAUAUAGUGAGUCGUGAACCUCAGCCACGCAAUUAGCUUUCAAAAAAGUUAUAUAUUGAGGGCUAAGAAUAGAGGGUCGUGGUUACCUCUCGACAUAGAUAUAGUUCUGUGACUUAAAUCCUGAUUAAUGUAAAAGGCGAUACAUCCGCGUUUCGCUUCGCAAGUUUUGCUAUGACGGACAGUAUUGUAUCGCCUGAUUUGCCCGAACUCAUUGUCAACAUGAGAUCUGAGCCACGUUUUAGUUAUGCACACCACGUUAAUUCGUAACUCGGAUAAUACGUAAUUAAAGCAGUCCACCUUAGAUUGGUUAAAUCUCCGUGCAUUGAACUGACACAAUUGAAAACUCUUAUGCAUUCCACUGCUACAUCCAUAUAAACAUCGCAGGCAUGUAGCUUACGACUAGCCAUUAAUAUCCAACCUUUUUCUUGACUAAUCUGAACUUAUUAAUAUACGCUGGACACGAUUUACUCAACGUCGAAUGAUCUACCUGCAGACCAAAUCCAAACUUCUCAUUGAACCUCGUACAUUUUAUGCAUUUAACAAUAGGGUCUUUGUCACAUUCAUUUGCCCUAUGGUUUCCAUGACAUUUGAAGCAUAUAAUAUCAUUUUUACAUUCCUUCGGGUUGUGGUUAAAUCUCCCACAUUUAAAACAUAUCAUCGCUCAGCUCCAUCGUAACCUCUGCACCUUUCCCAAACGACGUAUAAUCUGCCAUCCGCAGUUAUCGCAGAGAAUGAUGUGCCGUCCGUUUCUACGACGCAGUAUAGCGAAGCCUGGCUUUUUGAUUAGUACACUCUAUUUCAAGAUGGGAUUUUGCCACCGAAGUUUUGCAAUCAACUCGUCAUUAUCAUACUCGAAGCUCACAUCAGUUAUCUUUAAUCUGGGGUUUAACUUGGUUGGUAUAUGCACAAUAUAGUACACUCUCCUUAGUACACUCUCGUUCAAGAUGGGAUUUUGCCACCGAAGUUUUGCAAUCAACUCGUCAUUAUCAUACUCACAUUCCAUCAUGAGCCAAUAUCACCAAUUACGUAAAAAUGUCUUGUCAUAUUUAUAAUUAUGCUCCAAUUUGUUUACCGACUAGCAAGCGUGGAAAUGCUUCGCUGUUGCUAGAUGUGUUUACUUCGGUCGCUUUAUUACAAAAUAUGCCUCAAUUCACACCUGAUUUGCUUCAUUUAGCGCUUCGUGCUGAUUAUUAAAAAAACCCUUUCGUAAAUUAAUUUAAUACAUGCAAAAAUGAAAAAAGGGAUUUGAC